AUGGCGAAAGGCAACAGGAGGUUGACCACCAGCCGCAGCGAGCGCCUGCUCGGGGCCUACGGCGGCGGUUAUAGCAACGGCCACCACCACGCCGCCGAGUCGGAGCUCCGGGAGGAGGACGUGUGGUCCACGCUCCACCACGACGACGAUAACCGUUACGAUCGGGACAACGGGUCGCUGAGCGAGUGGAGCUCACGCACCGGAAGCAUGUCCAUGUCGACGCGCCAUCGGGCGCCACGCGGCGGCGGCGGCGGCCUGUCGUUGGCGUUCGAGGAUUCCUCCAAUAAUUCUCCCUCGUCGACGGCGACGAGAAUUGUGCACCAAUUUGGCGGCAACGACCGGGCCGGAGGUGGGGCGGGAACCGGGCGGCACGUGGCGUCGUCGGCUCCGGUGAACGUCCCGGAUUGGAGCAAGAUCUACCGGAUCGACUCGGUGGAAUCGCUGCACGAAAUGGGCAACGGUGGCGGGGGAGGGUUCGGCGGCGACGACGAUCACGACGACUCCUCCGACGAGAUGGUGCCGCCGCACGAGUACCUGGCGCGUGAGUACGCGCGGGGGCGGAAGAGUGGAGGGGCGUCGGUGUUCGAGGGGGUGGGGCGGACGUUGAAGGGGCGUGACCUGCGGCGCGUGAGGGAUGCGGUGUGGAGCCAGACCGGGUUUUACGGCUGA